AUGGAGUUGCUUGACCUUCCAACUGAACUAAUCCUCAUGAUCGAGGAACAUCUUCCCACGAAAGCCGAUGUCUCUGCCUUGAUGAGACCCAAUUCCGCCAUGUUUGUUAUUCUCCAAAAGAGACUUUACAGACUAACGAAGCGGCCUGAGGUUGACUCCAAUUUGAGAUGGGCAUGUGAAAGGGGGAACGAAGACCUGGCUUCUGCGAUGCUUGACAUGGGAGCUGAUAUUAUGUUCAGCAUGGAUCACCCCGCGCCGUUGAGUAUUGCUGCAAUCGGUGGUCAACUCAACGAGAUCAUCGACGCCGUGAACAAACGCAUCGCCGCCAUCGGGCAAGCCCUGCUCGGCGAACACAGGGUACUCAUGGGGAACAACAUGAUCGAAAGGCCGAGAUGGUACCCAGGCGAUUCAGACCCAGACCCCGAGCCUUUUGUCCCAUUAGCCACAGUCGUGGCCUGGAGUCGCGUGGAACUGAGUGCCUCCAGUUUGGUUUGGGCUACCAGAGGAGGUGCGCAGGUUGUUGGAGCAGUCCUGGAGGCCCAGCAGUGA